AUGGUCAAGGCUGUUGCUGUCCUCCGUGGUGACUCCAAGGUGUCGGGCACCGUCACCUUCGAGCAGAACGACGAGAACACCCCCACCACCGUCUCCUGGAACGUCACCGGCAACGACGCCAACGCCCAGCGUGGUUUCCACGUCCACCAGUUCGGUGACAACACCAACGGCUGCACCUCCGCCGGUCCUCACUUCAACCCCUUCAGCAAGACCCACGGCGCUCCCACCGAUGAGGAACGCCACGUCGGUGACCUGGGCAACUUCACCACCGAUGCCGAGGGCAACGCCGUUGGCUCCAAGACCGACAAGCUGGUCAAGCUGAUCGGUGCCCAGAGCGUUCUUGGCCGCACCCUGGUCGUCCACGCUGGUACCGAUGAUCUGGGCCAGGGUGGCAACGAGGAGUCCAAGAAGACUGGCAACGCUGGUGCCCGUCCUGCCUGUGGUGUCAUUGGCAUUGCUGCUUAAAUUGAUAUCCCACAUUCAAUUCACCAUAGGGGAUGAUGUUUUUAUUCGUAUUAUUCCUGAUCUAAAAUCAAAGGAGAAACAAAAUGAAUGAAGGAUUCCCCAUUGUAUUCCCAGAUUUAUUCUCUGAUGUAUUCUCUGAUUUAUUCUCUGAUUGUAUUCCCUGAUAUUCACUGGAUAAAUUGACAGCAUAUCUGCACGUUGGACAGGAUCCAGUACCAGAAUGUGGCAAUCCUUGUAUUCCUCUUCUUAGCAAUGGACUGUAUGAUCUGAU